AUGUCCUAUGACCGUUAUGUUGCCAUCUGCCAACCCCUGCACUACGGGACCCUCCUGGGCAGCAGAGCUUGUGUCCACAUGGCAGCAGCUGCCUGGGGCAGUGGGUUUCUCAAUGCUGUGCUGCACACGGCCAAUACAUUUUCUAUACCACUCUGCCAGGGCAAUGCCCUGGACCAAUUCUUCUGUGAAAUCCCUCAGAUCCUCAAGCUCUCCUGCUCAGACACCUACCUCAGGGAAGUUGGGCUUAUUAUAUUAAGUUGUUUUUUAGGUUUUGGGUGUUUUCUUUUCAUUGUGCUGUCCUAUGUGCAGAUCUUCAGGGCUGUGCUGAGGAUCCCCUCUGAGCAGGGACGGCACAAAGCCUUUUCCACGUGCCUCCCUCACCUGGCUGUGGUCUCCCUGUUUGUCAGCACUGUCAUAUUUUCUCACCUAAAGCCCCCCUACAUCUCCUCCCCAUCCCUGGACCUGGUGGUGGCAGUUCUGUACUCAGUGGUGCCUCCAGCAGAUCUCAGCUGUCUGACCAAAACCACCCACGGCCACUUGUAG